ACUACGAAUUCAUAAAUAACUAAGACCAAAUCCAAGCGUUUGAAAUUUCUAUACUCUUCCCCACUCGAGCAAAUUGACUUUGGAAAGACCCAGAACUCAAGGACAGCAGAAUUGGCUAUUUAUUGGUUUUUCAGUCGAUUACAUAGCUGAGAUUUCUGCAAGUCUUUCUCCCUGCUUUUCUCUUCCCCGCCCCUCCAAUGGCUAGUGGUUCUCUUGUUGUUCCUCGCUUUUUUGUCGUCUCCUGUAUCAGCCUCCUCUGUGUCAGGCACAUGGAAGCUGCAGUCUACACAGUCGGCGAUGAUGAUGAAUGGUCAUUAGAGGUGGACUAUGUUCAAUGGUCUCAGAAAUACAAUUUCACUGUUGGAGACACUCUAGUGUUUAGAUACGUGAAAAGCCAGCAUAACGUGUACAUCGUGAGACAGAGAACAUACAGGUCAUGCAACACAAGCACAGGAGUGCUGAACAUUUAUACAAGUGGGAACGAUCGAAUAGUACUUAGAGCAAGGAAGUAUUGGUUCAUCUGUGGUAUUACUGAUCACUGCUCUGGAGGUAUGAAGUUUGGGCUAAAUUUGCUUGGAGCCAACAAGAGGACAACAAAUCAGACCACAGAGUCCCCAUCUGCUGCACCUCUCCCUUCCCCAUCUGGUGCCAACAACCAUGGACUUACUCGGCCAACAACUCUUCUAGUCAUUCUCCUCAUCCUGAUCAACUCUUUAUUCUGAUUGAAUUGGCUUGAUUGUUCAUAAACCACACCCCCCUUUGUGUGUGUGUGUGUGUGUCUGUGCGCGUGCAUAUGCAGAAGAAUAUUUAUGUAGUUGAAAAUUCAAAAACUAGUGAA